GUAGUAGCAUCACCUCCUCUCGUCCAUCACCGGCACCACCUUCUUGUCAUUCUUCUUCAUCCUCUGCUACCUCUAAGAGUACAAGCGCCAUCAUCACAAGCUCAUUGACAAAAGCGAUUUUUUUGAUAAAUUUUCUUAUUAGUUUUGCUCAAAAUCAAUGAGCAGCUGGUGAAAUUGGUGAUAAUUACUUAAUAAGUAUUGAGUUUUGCUCAUGUUUGUAACUGAUAACAAAAAGGAGUCAGAACAAUGUCGUCAACAGAUAAAAAUAAGUCAUGGCAAAUUCUUCAAUCAUAUGGUUGGGAUUUACUAUUGGGAUUCAUUGCUAUGUUUUAUGUCUUGAUGGUUCCGUACACUAAGGUUGAAGAGAGCUUCAAUGUUCAGGCAAUGCAUGAUAUACUGUAUCACCGACUUCAUAUACAGAGGUAUGACCAUUUGGAGUUUCCCGGAGUUGUUCCUCGUACCUUCAUAGGUGCCUUGCUAAUAUCGCUUUUAACUUCACCAGUUACCUUAGCAAUGCAUUUAUUAAACUUGCCAAAGCUCUAUAGUCUUUUUGCAGUUCGAAUGGUUCUCGGGUGUGUCAUAUUGUCUACAUUGCGGUUCUUCCGGAUCCAGGUUAGAAGGAUCUUUGGUUACCAAGUUGAAGCUUUCUUUGCUCUAAUAACAGCUUGUCAGUUUCACAUGUUGUUCUAUUGUACACGACCUCUUCCUAACAUACUAGCUUCCGGUUUAGUUAACUUGGCUUAUGGCUUAUGGUUGAAGGGUUCUUCUCGUCAAACUUUAAGAUGUUUGAUUUUUGCUGCAAUUAUCUUUAGGUGUGAUAUGGUUUUGCUUCUUGGUCCUAUUGGCCUAGAGCUAUUGCUGUCAAGAUCAAUAUCAAUUUGGGAAGCAUUUAAAUGCUGCAUCUGCUUUACUCUAUUGUGCAUAGGUUUCACUAUGUUGGUUGAUACAGUUAUGUGGCAGCAUUUCUUGUGGCCUGAAUUUGAAGUGUUCUGGUUUAACUCGGUUUUGAACCGGAGUUCGGAGUGGGGUACACAUGCUUUCCAUUGGUACUUCACUUCAGCUCUUCCACGCUCAUUACUUGCGGCAUAUCCUCUGGGUUUGCUUGGUUUAGUGCUUGAAAGACGGAUGCUGCGGUAUAUUCUUCCAGUUUUCUCAUUUAUUCUACUUUACUCAAAGCUUCCUCAUAAAGAGCUUCGUUUCAUCAUCGGCGCAGUUCCUAUAUUCAACUUGUCAGCAGCCGUCGCUGCUAGCAGACUAUACAACAACAGGAAUAAGGGCGUUUGGAAGUGGUUUAAUUUUGCUGUCUUUGGAUCUCUUCUGAUGAGUGUAGGAUGCAGUCUUGUAAUGUUCAUGGCAUCCUAUGAAAACUACCCAAGUGGUUAUGCUCUAAAAGCUUUACAUCGGAUGGCACCCGACGACAACAGUUUGAAAGAUCAAAUGGUCCACAUUGACACAUUAUCAGCAAUGAAUGGAAUUUCUCGUUUUUGUGAGAAUAGCCCACCAUGGAGGUAUUCCAAAGAAGAGCAGAUUCCCAUUACGGAGUUUCAGCAUCGAAAUUUUACUUACCUUUUGAAUGAACAUUCUAGCAUUGAUGGAUUCAAAUGCUUACAUGUCGUAGAUGGCUUCUCGAGGCUUCGUUUGCAAAAAGGCUUCCCACCAGUCAUACUGGUGAAGGAACCCAGAGUAUUUAUUCACGGAAAUAUCAAGAACAUAGAUAUUAAGCACUCAGGUUGGCCAGGUUGCCCUUGAGGUUUCAACUGCACCCAUAUAUAUUAUAUAUAUGGCACUGGUCGCUAAGAUGACUUUGAUAGGUUAUGUCGCAGUGCCUAAAAACUACUGAAUCUUUGGACAGGCUCGUAGUCGCACUUUCUGCCAAGUUAGCCUGCUUUUUUGUGGUUUCUGGUUCAGUAAUGUGCUCAGGCUCCUUCCUCCUGAACGAUAAUCCUGUUAACGUGUUCACAAGUGACUAGGACUAACACUGAAAGUUAUAUUUUGAGAAUUAACACUGAACUGGCCCAGUGUCAAGCCCAUUAUUGGUUUGCAGAAUUUGCUUGGCACUGGGAAGAUAAUUCAUGACCUUGGAAGACUGCACUGCUACGUUCAACUCCCGGUCCUAGGCGUCCGAUUCGAUUUGCUUGAGUUUUGCGCAUUAGAAGUUUUAGAAACCUGGGGAGGUUUUGAAGUGUUAUGCUUCGUCUUACACUGGUUGUCCCCAAUUGAUUUCCAGACAGAGCACAGUUAUGCCAUUAUAUUUAUAUGUACAAUUCUUAAUCUUACUGCAAUCUCAAAGAUGUUACAAA